AGAAGAUUAAAAAAAAAAAAAAAACACUCGACUCUCCCUCUCUGGACGAAUUUAGAUGGCUUCCUCGACAGUUGCUUCUCACCAUGUCCCCCAAAAUCCUCUUUCUUUCUCUGCAAAGGGAAGCCCUUGGAAUCCCAAAAUAAGAAGGAAACUCUUCAUUUCAUCGAAGUCGGCCUCUUCCUUCAAGACUUCCACUCUCUCCAUCCAAUCUCCAUCGACAAAUCCAUUCACGGCAAAGAUAUGGAGUUGGCUUUACUCCAAGAGUCGGAGUGUUAAGAGAGGAAUGUUCAUUGUACGGGCGGAGAUGUUUGGACAACUGACGAGCAGCCUCGAAGCCGCUUGGAACAAACUCAAAGGAGAAGAUGUUUUGACCAAGGAGAACAUUGUUGAGCCUAUGCGAGAGAUUCGGAGAGCUCUUUUGGAAGCGGAUGUAAGCCUACCAGUCGUGAGAAGGUUUGUGCAGGCUGUAAGUGAACAAGCUGUUGGUGUUGGUUUGAUCCGUGGGGUGAGACCUGAUCAGCAACUAGUGAAGAUUGUUCACGAUGAACUAGUGAAACUGAUGGGUGGAGAAGUAUCUGAACUGGUUUUUGCAAAAUCUGGUACUACAGUGAUAUUACUCGCAGGUCUUCAAGGUGUUGGAAAGACAACUGUUUGUGCAAAGCUAGCCUUUUAUCUUAAGAAACUGGGAAAGAGUUGCAUGCUGAUCGCUGCAGAUGUGUACAGACCUGCAGCAAUUGACCAACUUAAAAUUUUGGGCGAACAGGUAGAUGUGCCUGUUUAUUCAGAAGGAACUGAUAUAAAGCCUUCAGAUAUAGCUAGACGAGGCCUGGAAGAGGCCAAAAGGAAGAUGACCAAUGUGGUCAUUGUGGAUACAGCUGGAAGACUUCAGAUAGACAAAGCUAUGAUGGAUGAGUUGAAGGAAGUGAAGGCGGCAGUAAAUCCUACAGAAGUUCUGCUUGUGGUUGAUGCGAUGACUGGCCAGGAAGCUGCGGCCCUUGUCACAUCUUUCAAUCUUGAGAUUGGGAUUACUGGCGCCAUACUGACAAAGUUGGAUGGGGAUUCUAGAGGUGGAGCAGCUUUGAGUGUUAGAGAGGUGUCAGGAAAGCCAAUCAAGCUUGUGGGACGGGGAGAGCGCAUGGAAGACCUUGAACCUUUCUACCCUGAUCGCAUGGCCGGGCGCAUCUUAGGAAUGGGCGAUGUUCUUUCAUUUGUGGAGAAAGCACAGGAAGUUAUGCGUCAAGAAGAUGCUGAAGAUUUGCAGAAGAAGAUAAUGAGUGCAAAAUUCGACUUCAAUGACUUCCUAAAGCAGACCCGUGCUGUUGCACGAAUGGGGUCUAUGUCCCGUGUGAUUGGAAUGAUUCCAGGCAUGGGGAAGGUGACUCCUGCACAAAUUCGAGAAGCGGAGAAAAGCUUAAAGAUAAUGGAGGCAAUGAUUGAUGUAAUGACCCCUGAGGAAAGAGAGAAGCCUGAAUUGUUAGCAGAAUCACCUGCAAGGAGGAAGCGAGUUGCCGUGGAAUCUGGAAAAACAGAGCAGCAGGUGAGCCAACUCGUCGCACAGCUUUUCCAAAUGCGAGUGCGGAUGAAGAACUUAUUGGGGGCCAUGGAAGGAGGGGGAUCCAUUCCUGCAUUGAGCAAUAUUGAGGAGGCACUUAAAGCCGAGCAAAAGGCUCCUCCUGGCACUGCAAGGAGGAGGAGGAGAUCAGAAUCACGGCGCCAGUUUUCAGAUUCAGCACCAAGGCCGAGCCCUCGUGGUUUCGGGACCAAGGCUUGAAAGUCAACUCAUUGAAAAGUGCAGACCCCUAAAAAUGCCUUCUUGGUAAUUGUCAGUUUCAGUUCUUCUUUUCUUUCUUUUUAUUUCUUCCAAUCUACAGAAUAUUUAAUGUUGUUCAUCCAGUGGUGGCCAUAACAUCAACUGUUUGGAUCAAUGAACCAUAGAACCCCACAUUGGUUUGGUUCUUGAGAAGUCUUUAAGCAUAUUAUUGUAAUAGAGACUAAUUCCUUUGGUUUGGUUAAUGAAAAUUGCUGAGCGUUUGGAUGUA